UCAAAGUAAUGCUCCUCUCGCUCUAUAAUAAGAAAGAUUGAUUGUUUUGAUGAAUUACACUAGGAGAAUAUGUCUUUGCAUUUACUGCAUUCUUCAAAGCUAACGUUUUACUUCUAUGUUGCCCUUGUUCUUGUGUUCUUGACUAUUAUUACCCCAUGCUGUUGCAGUGGAUCUGGAGAUGCCCAGUUGGGGAAUUGCAGUGGCUUGUACAGCUGCGGAGGCCUGCAGAACAUAGGGUAUCCAUUCUGUGAUGGGGACGGACCUUGCGCCUGUGGUGGCGCUUUCUCUCUUUUCUGUGAAUCUAACAAGUAUACAUUGAUGGAAUGGGGGUAUCGAAUUUUGGGCAUUGAGGUGCCCUUACAAAAGAUGACUGUUGUGCGCAACGAUCUCUGGGACAACAUAUGUCCUAAACAAGGCUAUGUCCCUUCUAACAGGACAACGAAUGACCGGUUUACCUAUGCUGACACGGUUAGAGAGCUCAACAUAUUCUACGGUUGUAGCUCUCGAGUCGAAUCACAAGUGCAAGUUCAUAGCAAUUUGACAUGUUCUAUUCCGGGCGUCAAUGAAAGUAGAGUUGUUUUUACAGAUUCUUUUAUACAGGAUGUGAGAGGAUGUGAGGUUAGUAUACGAGUUCCUGUUCAUUCUAGAGCCUAUGAUGAGCUCUGGGAUGGGAAAAUAUCAGUGCAGGAGGCAGUGAAACAGGGAUUUGAUGUUCAAUUCAGUUAUCCUAUGGGAGCUUGUACAGCCUGCGAGAACUCAGGUGGAAGAUGCGGAUCAGAUAAUGAAGGUCAAUUGAUCUGCCAUUGUAGAGAGGGGUCUUAUCCUGCAGUGUGUCCUACAAAUAAUGGGCAAAGAUAUGGAAUGAAGCUGGCUUUAGGUAUUGCAGCAUCUGCAAUAGCAGUCUUUGCUACUGUAAUUUCCUACUAUGUAUAUAGGUUGCGUGAAAAAAGAGAAAUAAAGGAACAAAAAGAUUUGGAGGCCCUCAUUAGCCCAUAUGGAUCUUUGGCCCCCAAGAGAUACAAAUUUUCAGAAAUAAAGAAAAUGACACAAUCAUUCAAGGAUAAACUCGGUCAAGGAGGAUAUGGAGGUGUUUACAAAGGAAAAUUGCCCGGUAAUGAUCGCCCUGUUGCAGUCAAGAUUCUAAAUUUUUACGAUGGAGGAGAUGGUGAAGAAUUUAUCAACGAGGUUGCAAGUAUUAGUCAAACAUCCCAUGUUAAUGUUGUUACUCUUUUGGGGUUCUGCCUUGAUGGUAAUAAAAGGGCACUUGUUUACGAGUUCAUGGUAAAUGGAUCUCUUGAAAAAUACAUAUAUGGUGAAAGUCGUUUGAGUUGGGAACAAUUCUACCAAAUUGCAUUAGGGACUGCUCGAGGUCUAGAGUAUUUGCAUUGCAGGUGCAACACUCAAAUCCUUCACUUCGACAUAAAGCCUCACAACAUUCUACUCGAUGACAGCUUCAAUCCCAAGAUAUCUGACUUCGGCUUGGCAAAGUUGUGCACCAAGAAAAAGAGCAACAUAUCAAUGGUAGGGACUCGAGGAACAAUUGGCUACAUUGCACCUGAAGUUUUCAGCCGAUGCUAUGGGGGUGUCUCGUACAAGUCUGAUGUCUACAGCUAUGGAAUGAUGAUUCUAGAAAUGGUUGGAGGAAGAAAGAAACCGUCAUGUGGCGAAGCAAAGCACUCGAGCGAGGUAUAUUUUGCCCGGUGGGCAUAUCAACGCCUUCUUCUCGAUGAAGAUCUUAAGUUGCAAGAGGUUACAAGCCAAGAAGAAGAAGAAACUGCAAAGAAGAUGACAUUAAUAGGUCUUUGGUGCAUACAAACAGAUCCAUCACAGAGACCAUCAAUGAGCAAAGUUAUAGAAAUGUUAGAAGGCAGCUUAGAGGAUCUGGAAAUUCCACCCAAACCUUUCAUGUGUUCUCCUUUGGGGUCAAGAAAUGAUACUGAAACAUUGGCACUACCUUUGUCUCCAGUGCAUGAAUCUUCUGCAUCUUCCUCAUCAUUUUGAUCUUAUAGUAUUCAAAAGAAUAUAAUGUUUCAUAUUGUAAUUUGUGGUCAAUGCAAGCACUUCUAUUUGGAAACAAUAAAUGAGU